AUGGCGGCCCUGAAAAUGUUGAUAAUUUCUUCCUUUCUACUUUUUGCAAUAUUGGGGGUGGAAUCCUCCGUUCCUGUACUCCUAUGGGGGUCAGAGAGUCUUUCCUCGCUGCCUAUUCCAUUGGCUGGACACAGUGUUUCCAGUAAUGCAUUCCAGAAAAACUACCUUGAGAAGCUGACACCCUGCCAGAACUGUGAUAAGAAAAAUCUAGUGGUGUUUGUGCAAGACAAGUUGAGUGUCGAGGACUUCACCCACUAUGGCCAUGUCUUUGAAGACACAGAGGAAGGUGGCAUUUUCCAUAAUGUUAAGUCGUACAUGGGAUCGCACCCUUCCUUGACCCUCUCCUCGGUACACCUACCGGCUGAUUCCAUCAAUCAACUCCAGAAGAAGUUUGAGACUGUUCGAGAGGUCCACCUACCAAGGGAUGAUGUUUCGUCGGUGAAACCUGCUGGGUCGAACAAUCUGCUUGUGGUGCAUCUACCUGAUACACACGGUAGUGGACGUGUGGAGAACAAUCUCAAGGGAAAUGAUGGCCACAUUUCCCGUAUACUGAAGCGAUACUCUGAGGCCGGUGUCCCCUACACAGCUAUGUACACAGCCAGAGAAUCGUCAAAGAUGUCUACAAAUGGAGCCGUUUUUGCACAAGGGCGCCAUCUUUUGGCUGCGAAGAAUGAAACUGGUACUGUCGUCGGUGUGAAGGAUUGUAUGCUGCUGUACUACAAAAAGGCAUCCAUCACUCUCAUUCCAGCAGGAACAAAAAAUACUGAAUCUGUUACGACACAACUUGUCGGAAAGCCGGACAGUUCUAAAUCAGAAUGUAGCAAUACAUCCACUGCAAAUAACAUCAUGGUACUGACCUGGGCUAACCAGGGACAGAAUGUCAGUGAUAUAACUAUCAGUAUGGCGUUCAACUCGACUAAAUCUGGCUACUGGCUCAUCACGAAGAUGCUACUCUCAUACACAAGCCAGAACGGGAGCCUGUCCGGCAUUGAGAUGAAUGGGAAAGAAAUCUUUGCUUGGAAGGGCUAUUCAUACCAUUGCACCAAGGUUCCCAAAAUCAUGCAAAACAAGCGAAGCAACGAUACCAGUCGUGCCCAUCUAGUCUUUGAAGGUUUUCAGAUUCAACCAAUUGCCCUGAAGAAAAAUAAGUUCGGAUAUGCGAACGAUUGUAUCGGAUUCUUCACCAUUCCAAUCUGGUCUGGUCUCGUUACGAUGUUGCUUCUGAUUGGAAUUUUAUCAUUCGGAAUGUAUAUGAUGGUGAUGAUCAACACCCAGGAUAGAUUUGAUGAUCCUAAAGGAAAGACUAUAACAGUGACAGCAGAUGAUAGCAAAUAACAAUGCUUCUGUUUAGAUCAAUUUGACAUCGGUUAUCAUAGAUGUACAAACAGUUUCAGUGUUAAAGGGGAACGGGGGGCCAUAGGCAGGAGCUUGUAGUUGAAACUGAUGGUCUUCAGGUGACUAAUAUGAGCAGUUGGGGCUGGAUCAUGUCUGAUUCAGCCAUGAAUAUGAUCCUUGCAUAAGCGCAAAUGGUUUUGAUGUACUGUGUGAGGAGAGACCUCUGUGUGACUGUGUGUAUUAAUCUGACCACCUGGUUUCUGCCUGUAGUUUCCCUUUAAGUUUAAAGCAUCUAUCCAAGUGUAUGGCAAACUCGUUUCUUUAACAAACUCGAAAAUUUGGUAGCUAUUUGUCAUUAUUUUCUUGCCCAAUAAGAACAAUACAGUGUAUCGUCUUCUAGACGGUUCGCUACAUGUACUUGUCAGUGGACAAAAUGUUAGAUUUAGUGUCAACCUGUGUUACAUUCCAAAAACUCAUGUUAGCAAGCUUCUGUAAAUACAGAAUAUAGAUAACCCAACGGUUGUAUUAGACACAUUUAUUCCAAUGUUGUGACGGCUUGAUGUUCUCUUUAAGGUUAUUACUAGAUCUGUCAACUCAUCAAAGUUAGAUUGUAAGUAGAGAGUAUCUGAUCUAAAAACUAUUCCUACAAAAAUGUCAGUUUAUGCUGUCCAGAAGCACCCAUGUGCAUAUUUCAACCUCAGCUGAAGUAUUGUAGAAAUGAAAAUGUACAAAUUAGUAAUUUAUCAUCAAUAAAUGUGAUAUGUAGUGCA